CGAAGUGCAUCGCCCUGACUCGAGGAUGGCCGAUUUGCACAUGGAUCAGGCCUUUAGAAUCGAUUUCGAGACUCCAGUUCUUGCAUAGCAUACGCUACUACUCAGUAGUCUGUGAGAGACGUUCCUAGAAAUGACGGACCAGUUUGCAUAUUCAUACCCCUCCCCACUGGAGGGAUACGAGAACCUCGAGCCUCUUUCCGAUGAGAAAAACGACGAUGGCAAAUCUCUCAAGAACCCCCAACAUGGGAUAUUAAGUAAAGCAUACGAGGAGUUUCCCGAUCCCUUGUCGAAAGGGAGACGAGGUGGUUUUGAUAUUCACAUUUAUCAUUUUCAAAAUAAUCCAGACCAAGCUACUUUCGCAAGAGCUCUCUGGGAGAGGAUCAGACGUGAAUUCCCCGAACUCCGUAUCUAUACCUUCUUCGAUAGACCCAUUGGCCCGCAUCUAGUGGCCAUGUUCGAAGUCAACCUCUUCACUCCAGCCCAGUUCGGAGCUUUCAUACCAUGGCUAGUCAUCAAUCGGGGUCCGUUAAGCGUCCUCAUCCAUCCCAACACCAUUGACUCCGAGGAGGAACGGAAUCACACGCAGCGCGCAACGUGGAUGGGUGAGAGGAUUCCAUUGGAUUUGAGAUUGUUUAAGUUGGCGAGGGAGAAGCAAAAGAAGGAAGAACAAGCUAAGAAACAGUAGUCUUUUCUUGUCUGUUCCCUCUCCUUUGUGGCAUAUGUAAAUAUAGUCAGGCUUGAUCAGCCCGAGAGGUGGAUACAACUUGCUUGGCUGAAGUAGCCAACAGCCACUAACUUUGGCACAUGCUGUUAUUCUACAUACUUCAGAAUAAUCC